AUGGACCAGGAAAAGACCUCACAAUGUGAUCCAACCUGCGGUGUCAGUCCUGCAGAGAAACUGAGCCCAGAGCACCUACAGCUUCUGAGAAAUGCUUUUACCUGUUCAAAGGCUGGACUUGAGACACAGGAACACAAGCUGAAGGGAAGCAAUAGAGGUACAAGUGAAGAACGUGGAUUGACGUUUGAGGAGUUUUGGGACGUUCUGAAGUCUGUCAUCGGCCCAAAUAUUGAGGACACGUGGUGCAAGAGAUUCUUUGAUGAGGUAGAUAUCAGCUGCACUGGACAAAUAAAAUGGCAGCAGCUGUGUUCCUACUUGCUUUUAGAGUACACUGAGCGACAGCGGGCGUCCAAUCCCACAGCUGCUCUGCUGGAGGCCCAGCCUCAGAUUAGACACUGCUCUCAUAACAAGCGGGAGCCAACAGUUCGUGUGGUUGCUCUUUCCCAUCCUCCUCCACUCCGCUAUAUUAGCAUCAGUAAGGGGGGUCAGAUCACCGCCUGGAACAGCAGCCUACACACCCUCAAAACUUUAGGGCUUGCUGGAGACCCAACAGAGGAAGUGGCAAACACAAGGAGAUUCAGGGGUUGGACCACUGAUGCUGUGUACAUGGGCAACGUCCACAAGAUUGCCAUAGCAACUGACUGCAGGGACUUGCGCUUUGUUACUAUUUCUUCAAACUGUUUGUUGGAGGAAAUUCACUUAUAUGGAUUUCGCAGUGUGCCGACCUGUCUGUGUUACUGGUAUGAUGUGCAGAGUCUAGAACAGCCUCCUCUGCUGCUACUGGGGGAUGAAAAAGGAGGCGUCCACCUGAUGUGGUUCCUGAACUCAUCCAAGGGACUUUUUAAGAAACCGUCAAAGAGAGACAAAGGUCCACAAAGGAUCUUUUUCCAAGAUCUUGGUGAACACAGCGACAUGGUGUCCUAUCAACACAUCCCCAGCAUCCACCGGGAACCAAUUACCAGAGUAAUGUUUGAACCCAGCACCAAUGUCAUCAUGACAUCGUCAGAAAGUAACACCACAUCUGUGGUCUUUAUGAAUGUGUCAUUGAAGCAGGAGCCUUACAUUUGGAAAUUUAAGCAGGUAAUUAACAAGGGAGCCAAGUGUUUCGACUACAAUGCGUCCCUACAGUUGAUGGUUACAGGAGGCUCUGACCGAAUAGUCAGACUGUGGUCACAAUAUGUGACUUCAAGUCCUGUGGCUACACUGCCGGGUCACCACACCACGGUACUAGAUGUUGCAAUUUACCAACAUGUCGGGCAGAUCUUCAGCUACUCUAGAGAUGCUGAACUGAGAGUUUGGGACAUUUCUACCCAUCAGUGUUUGAAAGUUCUCCGUCUGCAGUUUCCCUGUCUGCAACCAGGUCGCAUCCCAGAACAUGGAAAUUUCCCCUUCCUGUUGCUUAGCCCUCCUCUUCCUGAUGAGAUGCAACCUCAUUUAGUGGUGGCCUGCAAAGAUUACCUGGCAGUGCUCAAUCUGUCAGGAAAGAGAAGAGGAGGUGGUUGGUUGACUGAUGAGGAAUUCAGGACAGAAUUUAAACAGGGUCCAUACCUCUCCUGUGCCUUGUACAACCCCACCCUGAGGCAGGUGGUGACUGGACAUGCUGACUCAUCAGUCUUUCUGUGGGAUGUAGAGACAGGAAAGAGGCGGCUUUACAUUUUAAAUGCUCAUGGAGAAGAGGUGCUCUCCUCUAUGGCACUGGACUCCUCUCACAGAAGACUAAUCACGGGAGCUCGUAAUGGCACUAUUAAGGUGUGGAAUCUACUAAAUGGCCUAAACUUACACAAGCUGGAGCCCGUCACCAACUCUGAAGUCACUGGGUUGACCUGCCUCCAUGACAACCAUUUACUGGCUGUGGGGUGGAACCAGUGCAUCACUCAGUACAGCAUUGCAGGAGACAAGGACUUGAAGGUGAGAGCAGACACAUCCUGGAAGUCCAGCGGUGUCCACAAAUCAGACAUCUUGGCUGUGUGUCAGUGCUCCGUUCUGAGCGUUGUUGCUACAGCCAGUUAUGAUGGAGAGGUAGUGAUCUGGAGCAUGGAGACACAAGGACCGAUGCUCCACCUGCAGAGAGGGACGCAGGCACGGUCAGCUCUCCCCGUGGAUAGCAUCUUGUUCCUUCAGCAUCGAGCUGGCAGGAAACAAUUAAUAAACCAGGGUGUCCUAGUGUCAUCCCAGGGUGGUUGGCUGUGCUUUUGGAGCAUCACUGAUGAGAAUCACAGUUAUGGUCAUUUCUACGCUCCACAGCAGCCAGGUGAGCGUGUGCUUAGCCUGAACUCAGAUCAGUCUAAAAACACCAUUCUGGUCUCAGGUGACACAACGGGCUCACUUCAGAUUUGGGACAUUUCUUCCUUUGCAGUGGACAUCCAACCUGAGGCAACUUGUGAACAACCUCCACUGCUGCAAUCUUGGAGGGCUCACAAAAGGGCUUUGAUAUGUGUGGAUGUCCUUGAAGUGUUUGACAGACUGUUUGUAAUGACAGCAUCAGUUGAUGGUUCAGCUGGACUAUGGACAGAGGAUGGCAAUCAUGUGGGUUUUUUUGGGCAAGAGGUGACGUGGAAUAUCGCUGACCCAGGAACUUAUCAUAGGAAUACACGGAACAAUCUGAGAGAAGAGAGGAGGACUGAAGGUGAAAAUAUGGAAGCCACUUCAUCCACCCAAGCAGGAGUGAAUGACCACGAGCAACCUCAGCAACCUAUGUAUUCAUGUGAGGACCUCUGCCAGACAGUAGCUUUGUGUUACGAGAGGAGAGGACUCUUUGAGGACAUCGACCACAGCAAUCGCUGCUGA